GGAGACAGUAAUGGAUGGACGUACAGAAGUGAACGUAGAGGCGGAAAGUCUCUCUCCGUCCACUUUAAAACUGUACGAGUCGCAGUUCUUCGGCUUCAGCCCGCAGACCUGCAUGCUGCGGGUCUACAGUGCCUUCCAGGACUGCUUGCAGGACGUGCUACUGGUCGUGGAGAAGGUGUGCGUGAGGCAGCUGAGUAAAGGCGAGUCGGACGGGGCCGAGGAGCUGCUCCGGUGCCGGGCCCGGGAGUGCAGCCGGGAGCUGCAGCAGGUCCUCUUAGACCGGUUCAAGCAGCUGUCUGAGCGGAUGGAGUCGCUGCUCGUUACCCGCUGCUUCACUGUGCCGCCAAACGUCCUGCUGCCCGAGGACCAGAUACACCGAGACCAGCCGCAGGACCUGCAGGAGGUGAUCAGACUGGAGUCGUCUGUGGCAGACUUGCAGAGGGCCUACAAAGCAGAAGUCUGUGCCAGACAGGCCCUGUUGGACGAGGUGGAGGAGCAGAAGGAGGUGCAGAAGCAGCUGGAUGGGAUCCUGACGUGGGUCCGAGAGCUACAGGCGGCCUGGGUGAAGGAAGGAAAUGGCAGCUUCCAUGAAAAUUUUCGCCUGUUGAUGGAGUCCAUAAAGAAUCUGCAGGAAGCUGUCUGGGAGGUCUGCAGCAAAGCCCCUCACUGAACUCACAUUUGUGCUAUUUCACCUUGGUGCAAUGAAUACGUGGACAAUGGAGCUCUGCAGGGUGCGAGUUGAUUAUUUGUUUAUUCCAUGAUCUGCUCACUAUCAGCUCAGCUCCUGCUCUCUGUGGUUUGGAUGUGUCCAUUCUCCUGUUUGAUAUUUCAUAACAGACAUUACUCCAGAGCUUGUAUAAUAUUUUCUGUUUUAAACUCUUCCUGAUCGAGAUUAGAGGAUUUAUAAGACAUCUGUAGCAGCAAGAUAGGACAGUGAAGACCCUGCAGACAAUAACGUUAAUGUAGAUAAUGUGUUGUUGUCUUCAUCACUCUCUGAAUAUUAACAACAUUGUUUUCACAGACAGUUUUUGUCUUGUUUGGAGAUAAUAAAUCACCAAUGAAUUAAUGCUACAACAUGUAACUGCUGACAUUUCUGCUUCAUGAGAGCAAAGCUUCUCUUCUACACUUUUUCCAAAGUAACAUUAAUAAAAGAUUCAAAUAUACUGUUGUACAAUGAGGUGCAGGUUAGUACUGUGAAGCGUAAGGAAGACAAAACAUUACAUUGGCAGGGAGGUGUGCUUGAA